AACACCGUGGUCAUUCAGUUUGAUUAAACCAGGCUGUCACAUUUCUAAAUGUGCCUAUUCCGUAGCAAUGGAUAUCAAACAGGAGCCAGAGGCAAAUGAGAUGGUUGCAGGUGAGAGUUUAGACAAGAGCAUUGCAAGGUUACCGGAAGUGGAGCGACUUUGCUUUUGUGGAAGAGCCCGGCGUAAAG